UAAAAAUGGCUCAAAUCCCAUAGACAUAGAGAGAGAAAGAGAGAACUUUGAAAUCCUCUCAAAGCUGCAGAAUUUGGAUGAGAGAACCCGGUAUCUGGCUCAGUGAGUCAUGGAUCAGCUGCUAAAAGUAAAAGGGUGUCGCCUCCUGCUUUUGAUUUAGCUCUUUCUCUCUCUCUUCCCACCUUCAUCAGUUUCAGUGUUUCAGGUUUGUGCUAGAUUGAGAUAAAGUGAAUGACAUUAUGGGUGUCUCGGGGAAGUGGAUUAAAUCAUUGGUUGGUCUAAAGAAAUCAGAGAAGCCCGAGUCUUCAGAGAAGGAUAGAAAUAAAGUAGGCAAGUUUCGGCAUCGGAGAAAGCAUUUGAUCGAAAUUGACAAUAGUAAACUUCAAAAUGAGUUUGAUGAUGACGUUACUCCACCUAUUGGAGAAGCAGAUCCUCGUUCAAACCUUGAUGCCCAUUAUUCUCCUUCUACUUCACAACAAACACAGGAUGCUGCACAUAAUCAUCAAAUUAUGAGGGAAGAAAGGGCUGCAACAUGCAUUCAAACAGCAUUUCGAGGAUUUCUGGCCAGAAGAGCACUUCGAGCUUUGAAAGGAUUGGUAAGACUUCAGGCCCUUGUAAGAGGCCAUGCAGUAAGAAAACAAGCUGCGAUAACUCUCCGUUGUAUGCAAGCUUUGGUGAGGGUUCAGGCCCGUGUUCGGGCAAGGCGUGUUCGCUUGGCACUGGAAAGUGAAACAGAACAACAGAAUCUGCAGCAACAGCUUGCAAAUGAAGCUCGUGUUCGAGAAAUUGAAGAAGGUUGGUGUGACAGUGUGGGAUCUGUUGAAGAAAUUCAAGCCAAAAUAUUAAAGAGACAGGAGGCUGCAGCCAAACGUGAGAGAGCCAUGGCAUAUGCUCUGGCUCAUCAGUGGCAAGCAGGAUCAAGGCAACAAGCUCUUUCCUCUGAGUUUGAACCUGAUAAAAGUAGUUGGGGUUGGAAUUGGUUGGAAAGAUGGAUGGCUGUACGUCCAUGGGAGAAUCGCUUUCUUAACAUUAAUACCCGAGAUGGAGUAAUGGUAGACGAAAAUGGAGUAAUGGUAGACGAAAAUGGUAUCAAACCUCAGUUAAGAUCUGCUAACACAAAAUCAGUUCCAUCCAAGAUUCAUCCAAACCUUGCCUCUCAGAAAACUGGUCCCUCUCUUUCUGAUGGCUGUGAUUCUUCUUCACCUAGUAAGUCAGCAGGUUUGCUAGAGUCAUCAAACACACAGUCUGUUAAACCAAAGUCUAAUGCAAAUGUUCAAAAUCCCAUUGAAGAAGGCAACUCAAGAUCUGAAACUGGAAGAUCUCACAGUAAUCCAAAGGAGAGAACCACACAGGUAGAUAAACAGGCAAAAAAGCGAUUAUCUCUGCCUAACAAUGGGAGAGAUCCUGGGGCUCAAACAGCUAGAUAUCCUACUAGAACUAAUAUGAAUGCGACACGUGGCAGGCGAAAGUCUAUAAAGGAUAAACCUAAGCUCAAUGGAGUAGAGGUUGAGAAUCUUACUAAAUCAGUUCCACAGCCCACAGUUCUGUAGAUUCAAGUAUCCAUAGAAAAAGAAACUACUCCAUUCUCUAUUGACAUUGGUGUGUCUAGUUGUGUAAUGCAAAAGCGUUGAAGGGUUGCAACCACAAUGCACAUGUAGCAUGUUCCUACAUGAAGACGCUGAUGUGGUUUGAUUGUUGAGAUUGGCUUGGGUUAUCAUGUUUGUAAGAUUUGCCUGGCAUAGGAUACACACGUCUGUUGAAAUUAUACAUAUUUAUUGUUGUGAGUUAUGUGAUAAUGCGGUGUAUUUAUACUCAGAUGUACAACUUUUAAGAGUGCCAUUCCCUUCCGUUU